UGUCACGGUGAAACGCUUCGCUUCUGGACACUAUAGAAGGAACUGCAGCCUUUCGGGAGUCACUCACUGCGCUUCUUUAAAGCAGAAUUGCCUCCAACACUUGUCGCGUCUCUCGAAUUCAAAAUUACCGUCGCCGACUUGUCUCCUUUGCGGUGGUUCGCAAUCGAGAGCCCGCUAUUACAGGCGACAAGGCUGUUCCGAUCAGCUUGCCCCAUGGUUUGGUUGUGCACGUGGCACCCAAUUGACCGCUUCUUGCAACCGACCGCGGAAGUGUAUUGCGAGAUCUCACGGGAAGUGGACAGUUAGUCUCUUCGAGGCCCACGAGCCAGUCCGCGCACGCACGUACGCGCGCGCGCACGCUCGCGCAAGCAAGCGCCGUGGCCGAGGGCCUCCGUCAGUCACUUGUUUUCGCCCGAGAAGCACGGUGCACACAUCGGAGACGAUGGCGAGCGAAGAAAGAGUGUACGUCCCCGGUGCGAGCGAUUCGGAAGGCGGAGCAACGAACGGAAAGAUGAAACUCGAGGAAAGCAGGAUGGCCACCAUGGAGGUGCGAGCCCUGUCUCUGAGGGCGAAGCUGCGCAAGUUCGCCAAGGACAACUUUUUCCUGCUCUUCACGCUAGGCGGCGUCGUGGCCGGAGUCGUUCUCGGCCUCGGACUACGCCAGGCGAGCCCCAGCGAUUCCACCAUCAUGCUGCUCGGCAUGCCUGGCGAAGUGUUCAUGCGAUGCCUGCGCAUGCUCGUACUACCCAUGAUGAUCGCCAGCAUCAUAACAGGCAGCGCUAACCUUAGCGGCAAGGCGAAAGGCAAGAUGGCCCUGCUGACCUUCGCCAUCUUCAUCGGCACCAGCUUCAUGUCUGCGCUCAUCGGGCUGUCUUUCGUCACCAUUAUCCACCCCGGAAGCCCCGAGCUCAAGUCCGAGCUCGACGCCGAGGACGAAGUCAAGGGCAGUGCGCACCUGCUCGACACCUUUCUGGACCUCGUCAGAAAUGCAUUUCCCGAAAACCUCGUAGAGGCUUGCGUUGAGCAGGGUUACACUUCGUACGAGAAGAGAAAUAUUUCAAUUAGAGGAGAAGCGGCAAGAGAAAUCUCGAAAAGGAGCUGGUCACGAAGAUCUGGGACUAACUCCUUGGGCUUGAUCGUGUUCUGCGUCGUCUUCGGAAGCGCAUUAGGCGCACUUGGCCAGCCAGUUGAAAUCUUGAAGCAGUUCUUCGCGGCACUGGACAUCGUCAUUAUGAAGCUUGUCUUCCUUGUCAUGUGGCUGAUGACGUCUGCACUUGGCCCUCUGGCUCAAUUGAUGACACCAGUGGGAGUGAUGAGCCUGCUGUGCGCGCGCAUCCUCUCUGUGGGCAGCAUCGUGGCGUUGUUCCACCAGAUGGCGCUGCUCGUCGCCACCGUGCUAUCGGGUCUCGCCGUCGAGCUCUUCGUGGUCGAGUGCCUGCUGUAUUUCGCUGUGACGCGGAAGAACCCCUUCAAGUUUCUCGGCGAGAUCGCGUACGUCGGUCUGUGUGCCUUCGUCACGGCCGCCAGUGCACCCGUGAUGCCAUUGACGCUCAAGUGCCUGGAGGACAACUGCGGGCUGGACAAGCGCGUCACGAGGUUUGUGGUGCCCGUCGGCGUCACGGUCAACAUGAACGGCACCGCACUCUUCAUCACAGUCUGCAGCAUCUUCAUCGCGCAGCUCAACGACAUCGCCAUCUCGUCGGGAGACUACUUCGCGGUCCUGAUCACGGCCACAGCUGUGAGCGUGGCGGCGACGUCGGUUCCCAGCGCGGCGCUCUUUCUCAUGGUGAUGACGCUGUCAGUUAUUGGCGCACCAGUCAGUGACGUCAGUCUCCUGUUCACCGUCGAGUGGCUGCUCGACCGUGCGCGGACAACCAACAACUGCUUGGGCGACUGCUUCACAAGCGCCCUAGUGGACCACAUAUGCUUCCGGAAGAAGCCUUCCGAGCUCAACGAGGUCGUCGUCGUCGCCAAUGACGAGGGAGCGGCCGAGAAGCUGCGAGACUCGACGCUGUGAUCAGCUACCCUGCUACCCUCGAAGGUCGCUCACAGUGGCCCUCACUCGAAGCGGUACCCCGCCAGGAGUAGGUCUACCGCAAUGCAACAGACUCUCUUCGAGCAAAAUUCAAAAUGUGCAUGAGUACCGAUUGUACGUCUCACGACACCAACGCGUUCGUCCGGCGUAUUUUAACGCCACGGCAACGUAACAAAUGCAGCGUUCAACCGUGCUCUCCUGCUCCACUAGCCUAUCGCCCCGCUUUAUGGCAUACUAUCUCAGCACUGGCUGAGUAACUGUGCCCUUCUGCCGUCGCAGGCCAGAUUCCCAGCCGCGUCAACCGCGUCCGGAUGGCUUCAGUGAAUACAAUAAACGGCAGCUUAUUUAUUUGUAAUUCAGUGCGCGCUAAAGAACCGCAGGCGGUCAAGUCUUAUUUAGAGCUCCCCCUUAUAUAUAUAUAUAUAUAUAUA